GCGGCGCGGCCAAUCAGCGUCGCCCACGACCCUGCCCGGAGGAGCUGGAGCCGCCGCUCGGUUGGGCCCGGCCCGGAGCCGCCACUGUCGGGACAGGGGGCGGCGACGGAGGAGGAGGAGAUGGUGUCCCCCGCUGCCUCCGCCGGGCGCCUGGGCUCCGCGCUGCCCUUCCUGCUCGUUCUCUUCGACCUGCAGUACCAGGGAGCUGAGUGUGGAAUAAAUGCAGAAGUAGAAAAACAGCUUGAAAUGGGGAAGAAAUUAUUGGCUGCUGGACAGCUGGCGGAUGCUUUGUCUCACUUUCAUGCAGCUAUAGAGGGAGACUCUGAGAACUACAUUGCUUAUUACAGAAGAGCCACAGUGUACUUAGCCAUGGGCAAAUCUAAAGCGGCAAUUCGCGAUUUAAGUAAAGUGGUUGAAUUAAAGCAGGACUUCACAUCAGCAAGAUUACAAAGAGGACACUUACUGCUUAAGCAAGGAAAAUUCGAUGAAGCAGAGGAUGACUUUAAAAAUGUGCUCAAAUCCAAUCCUAGCAAUAAUGAGGAAAAAGAAGCCCAGACUCAGCUGACAAAAUCUGAUGAGCUGCAGCGCCUACAUUCACAAGCAUUAUCUGCCUACCAGCAAGAGGAUUACGAAGCUGCUAUUUCUCUUCUUGAUGAAAUCUUGGCAGUUUGUGUUUGGGAUGCAGAGCUACGGGAACUUCGAGCAGAGUGUUACAUAAAGGAAGGGGAACCAGGCAAAGCCAUUAGUGACUUGAAAGCUGCUGCCAAAUUAAAGAAUGAUAAUACUGAAGCCUUCUAUAAAAUCAGCAGAAUAUAUUAUCAGCUGGGGGACCAUGAAUUAUCUCUCAGUGAGGUCCGGGAGUGUCUGAAACUGGACCAAGACCAUAAGCAGUGCUUCUCUCUCUAUAAGCAAGUAAAGAAACUCAAUAAGCAGAUCGAGUCAGCAGAGGAAUUCAUCAGAGAAGGCAGGUAUGAAGAUGCUAUCAGUAAAUAUGAGUCUGUAAUGAAAACUGAGCCAGAAGUCCCAAUUUAUUCUACUCGUGCCAAAGAAAGGAUCUGUCACUGCUUAUCAAAGAAUCAGCAGGCUACAGAAGCCAUCAAACUUUGUUCAGAAGUUCUGCAGCUGGAGCCAGCCAAUGUGAAUGCCCUGAAAGACAGAGCAGAAGCUUAUUUGCUAGAAGACAUGUAUGAAGAAGCUAUUAAGGACUAUGAGACUGCUCAAGCCAAAAGUGAAAAUGACCAGCAGAUUCGGGAAGGGCUGGAACGUGCCCAGAGAAUGCUGAAGCAAUCACAGAAGAGGGAUUAUUAUAAAAUCCUGGGAGUGAAAAGAAAUGCUCGAAAGCAAGAAAUCAUAAAAGCUUACAGGAAGCUGGCAUCCCAGUGGCACCCUGAUAACUUCCAGAGCGAGGAAGAAAAAAAGAAAGCAGAGAAGAAAUUCAUUGAUAUUGCAGCUGCGAAAGAAGUCCUCACUGACCCAGAAAUGAGGCGGAAGUUUGACGCAGGAGAGGACCCACUGGAUGCGGAGAGUCAGCAGGGAGGCAACAACCCUUUCCACAGGAGCUGGAACACAUGGCAAGGAUUCAACCCCUUUGGUUCUGGAGGAGGACCAUUUACAUUCAAAUUUCACUUCAGUUAGAGCCAAGACUGUUUCUGCGUGGCUGCUGCUGUUUUUUACUUAAUUCAUUGAAAAAUAAAAAGUCUCUCAGUUCAAGACCCAAAA